AUGACUGAAGAAACGUGGGAUGUUGUUAUUGUUGGCGCUGGGCUGUCAGGACUGAGUGCUGCUCAGACUCUGCGGAAGAGAAAUGGCAAACUUAGAAUAUUAAUUCUGGAAGGAAAAGGUUUGUAAAAACUGUUUGGCAUUCAUUAUGCAGCGAAACAAUCAACGUUCUCCGCAGAAAUUACAGUCCAAGAUUCUGAAAUAUUUUAACAAUUCGAAACGGAAUUAGAAGGCAACACUAUUAUAAAGAUGAACAUUUUUAAUCAAAUUGACGGGGUAUGUAUUUUUUCCAGACCGGGUAGGAGGACGAACUGUUACCCAGGAAUUACCUGCCGCCGGCGGCAUUGAUCGCUGGGAUAUGGGAGGGCAGUGGGUUGGCAGGUAGGUUCUUGGAACAGCCUGGUCUCAUAGACUAGAUGUAACAUAGUACACGGAAAUCCGGGACAUUCAAAUUAGUAUGGGAUGUUAUGUUUGGUAUGGUUACAUAAGACAGAAAGUUACUUAAUUCAAAAACGAAACUAAAGUGGUUUGUCGGGGUGGAUGGGGAGGCGUAUAACACGAACAUCUAUGAACCCAAAGGUUGUGUGUUCAAAUCUCAUCACGGACAACUUUAAUUAAUUAGCAACUUUGCAACUACUUACUACUUUUUAGCAACUUUGCAACUACUUAGCAUGUUAGCUAACCCUUCCCCUAACCAUAACCCUAAAAUACAUGAUUGAGACCUUUCUGUUUUCUCAUUGACAUUUAAUUCAGCAUUGAAAAAGUUUGUUCCACCUGAGUUUGGGUAAUCCCAAAAUUACAUUACUGAUUACAAUUUUGGACAGGUAACUAGUAACUAUAACGGAUUAUAUUUUGAAAGUAACCAACCCUGUCAUCAUGCAGCUUAAUCACAACAAUAUUGUCUAAAUGAUGAAUGGUGAAGUAAUGAAGAACAAUUUAUCAAUGGUAAUUUGUCAUCCAGCCAAGCAGAGCAGUGGCAUUAUGAAGGGAAUUAAUGUGCCUUUUUGCACUACCUUGAAAAUGGACUGACUGAUUUCUGCUUACCUUUGGAAAGAAACAAAGUUCAUACAUAGUUUACAUUUAUAAGGAUGCCAAGCGGAAGUGCCAAGUAGUACAUUACAUUUCAGUCAUUGAUAUUCCAUUAUACUGUAUAAGCCUAUGAAAAAGGCCCCUGAAAUUCCCUCUCACACAGUCACAUUCCCAAUCUAUUGGAGGGAACGAACAGAACUGAACAUAUCUGUAUUCCGAGAGUACUGCAAAGCAAGAGAGCUUUGAGGAAAUCAUAAAAGCUGCUAUCAAUACGGCCUAAAAAGGUGGCAUGAUUACUACAGGAGAAUAAUAGUGGGCUUCAUCCAGGACAGAAAUCACUACAAAUCGACUUACUGGAACGCACUUAGACACAGGCUUAGAACGAUUAUAUAGAUUUCUAUCGACCUGGAGCGAAGACUGGUAGAGGCCACUGCUGCACCCAGGCAGCUAAGGUGGUUGUCAUUGUGGAGUCUGUCAGGUGUUUCAAAAAGGACAGGUCUAUGUGCGAUCACGGGAAACCUCUUAGACCUACGGUAGUAGAGGGAUGCAGUCAGAACAUGGAACAGACUAUUAUUUAUUAAUGGCAAAGAAAGUGAUCAUUUGUGUCACUCUCAGGAGUUUAGUGACUUUAGUGGACUGUGAUAAAAGAGGGAGGAUGCAUACCAGCAUCACACUACUGAGCCUCAGGUCAGAUAAAUAAUGUGCCUCCAUUUCAUCAUUGAUUUAUUUUCAGCACAUUCAAAUCAGGAAAUUAAUCAAUUAACUGAAACAUUAUUGAUGAAAUAAUGGACAAUGAAUCUUCCCACUGGGCACACACUGGUUGAAUCCCAAAACCUUCCACGUCAUUUUAAUGAAAUUACAUUGAACCAACGUGGAAUAGACCUUGAAUUAACUUCUUUGCCCAGUGGGUUGAUUUAGAUUUAGUCUCGGUUGACCUUGCUGGUAAGAUCAAAGUAAAACAAUUAUCACUUUGCUAAUCUAACUGUUGUUGUCCCUCUUACCUCAGCACUCAGACAUACGUCAUGGACCUCAUUCAGGAGUUUGGCCUGGAGGUCUACACACAAUACACCACAGGCAAGAAGGUGCACCACGUUGGAGGUCCUCAUGCCAAGGUUCGCACCAGCAGCACCAGUAUCCCUGCCCUCUCUCCACUGGUGCUACUGGACCUGUCACAGCUCUUGCGGCAGGUAGGGGACCUAACUCGUCUGGACAUUAUUCUCCCCAAUGUUACAGGUCACAACCAAGCCACAAGGUGUUCUAACGCAAAUUAUUUAUCUAAAAUUUUGUGAGCAAAUGUGUUUAAAUCCCUGUUAGUGAGCAUUUCUCCUUUGCCAAGAUAAUCCAUCCACCUGACAGGUGUAGCAUAUCAAGAAGCAGGUUAAACAGCGUGAUCAUUACACAGGUGCACCUUGUGCUGGGGACAAUAAAAGGCUACUAGCAGUUUUGUCACACAGCACAAUGCCACAGAUGUCUGAAGUUUUUUUUUUUUUUUUUGGGGGGGGGGUAUUUUACCCCCUUUUUCGUGGUAUCCAAUUGGUAGUUACAGUCUUGUCCCAUCGCUGCAACUCCCAUACGGACACGGGAGAGGCGAAGGUCGAGAGUGGCGCGUCCUCCGAAACACAACCCAACUGAGCCGCACUGCUUCUCAACACGGUGCCCGCUUAACCCGGAAGCCAGCCACACCAACAGGAGUCGCUAGUGUGCGAUGGGACAAGAACAUCCCUGCCGGCCAAACCCUCCCCUACCCUGGACGACGCCGCCCCAUGGGUCUCCUGGUCGGCUGCGACAGAGCCUGGACUCGAACCAGGAUCUCUAGUGGCACAGCUAGCACUGCGAUGCAGUGCCUUAGACCACUGCGCCACUCGGGAGGCCUGAUGUCUCAAGUUUUGAGGGAGCGUGCCAUUGGCAUGCUGACUGCAGGAAUGUCCACCAGAGAUGUUGCCAGAGAAUUGAAUGUGCAUUUCUCUACCAUAAGCCGCCUCCAACGUCGCUUUAGAGAAUUUGACAGUACGUCUAACCGGCCUCACAACCGCAGACCAGAAUGUAACCACGCCAGCCCAGGACCUCCACAUCCGUCUUCUUCACCUGCGGAAUUGUCUGAGACCAGCCACCCGGACAGCUGAUGAAACUGAGGAGUAUUUCUGUCUGUAAUAAUGCCGUUUUGUGGGGAAAAACUGGCUGGGCCUGACUCCCCAGUGGUUUAGAUCAUUCAUGUGUAUGCAUACAUGUACAGUGAGGGAAAAAAGUAUUUGAUCCCCUGCUGAUUUUGUAUGUUUGCCCACUGACUGACAUGAUCAGUCUAUCAUUUUAAUGGUAGGUUUAUUUGAACAGUGAGAGACAGAAUAACAACAAAAAAAUCCAGAAAAAUGCAUGUCAAAAAUGUUAUAAAUUGAUUUGUAUUUUAAUGAGGGAAAUAAGUAUUUGAUCCCUCUGCAAAACAUGACUUAGUACUUGGUGGCAAAACCCUUGUUGGCAAUCACAGAGGUCAGACGUUUCUUGUAGUUGGCCACCAGGUUUGCACACAUCUCAGGAGGGAUUUUGUUCCACUCCUCUUUGCAGAUCUUCUCCAAGUCAUUAAGGUUUCGAGGCUGACGUUUGGCAACUCGAACCUUCAGCUCCCUCCACAGAUUUUCUAUGGGAUUGAGGUCUGGAGACUGGCUAGGCCACUCCAGGACCUUAAUGUGCUUCUUCUUGAGCCACUCCUUUGUUGCCUUGGCCGUGUGUUUUGGGUCAUUGUCAUGCUGGAAUACCCAUCCACGACCCAUUUUCAAUGCCCUGGCUGAGGGAAGGAGGUUCUCACCCAAGAUUUGACGGUACAUGGCCCCGUCCAUCGUCCCUUUGAUGCGGUGAAGUUGUCCUGUCCCCUUAGCAGAAAAACACCCCCAAAGCAUAAUGUUUCCACCUCCAUGUUUGACGGUGGGAAUGGUGUUCUUUGGGUCAUAGGCAGCAUUCCUCCUCCUCCAAACACGGCGAGUUAAGUUGAUGCCAAAGAGCUCGAUUUUGGUCUCAUCUGACCACAACACUUUCACCCAGUUCUCCUCUGAAUCAUUCAGAUGUUCAUUGGCAAACUUCAGACGGCGCUGUAUAUGUGCUUUCUUGUGCAGGGGGACCUUGCGGUCGCUGCAGGAUUUCAGUCCUUCACGGCGUAGUGUGUUACCAAUUGUUUUCUUGGAGACUAUGGUCCCAGCUGCCUUGAGAUCAUUGACAAGAUCCUCCCGUGUAGUUCUGGGCUGAUUCCUCACGGUUCUCAUGAUCAUUGCAACUCCACGAGUUGAGAUUUUGCAUGGAGCCCCAGGCCAAGGGAGAUUGACAGUUAUUUUGUGUUUCUUCCAUUUGUGAAUAAUCGCACCAACUGUUGUCACCUUCUCACCAAGCUGCUUGGCGAUGGUCUUGUAGCCCAUUCCAGCCUUGUGUAGGUCUACAAUCUUGUCCCUGACAUCCUUGGAGAGCUCUUUGGUCUUGGCCAUGGUGGAGAGUUUGGAAUCUGAUUGAUUGAUUGCUUCUGUGGACAGGUGUCUUUUAUACAGGUAACAAACUGAGAUUAGGAGCACUCCCUUUAAGAGUGUGCUCCUAAUCUCAGCUCGUUACCUGUAUAAAAGACACCUGGGAGCCAGAAAUCUUUAUGAUUGAGAGGGGGUCAAAUACUUAUUUCCCUCAUUAAAAUGCAAAUCAAUUUAUAAAAUUUUUGACUUGCGUUUUUCUGGAUUAUUUUGUUGUUAGUCUCUCACUGUUCAAAUAAACCUACCAUUAAAAUUAUAGACUGAUCAUUUCUUUGUCAGUGGGCAAAGGUACAAAAUCAGCAGGGGAUCAAAUACUUUUUUCCCUCACUGUAUGUGCUGUGUGUCAGAUUGACAGGUUGAUUGCCACAGUGUCAGUGGAGGACCCCAUGAAGACCCCCAAUGCCCAGGAGUUGGACAGUAUGACCCUACACUCCUACAUAGAGAAACAUGCCUGGACAGAAGGUGAGCAGCACCACCUCUCACACCUCACCCCAAUCACUAAGAAUUUGACAUCAAAACAACACCAAGGGCAUGUAAACCAAAGACUUGUUGUUGAUUUGUAUAUUUUAAUUGUUUUAUAAUAGUGUGGGUAUAGACAACAGCAGAGCUGGGAUACGGUCAAGAUACCACGAGAACAAAUGAAAAAUCAGGUCGAAGAGUUUAUAAUUGAGUUUAUUACAGAUUCAGAGCUAUCCAGAAUUGGGUGUUCCACUGUACGUUUGCACUGCUAGAAAAUGAAUGGAUUUGAUUUUCCCCUACCGUACCUAGAGGACGCUCUCAAGUGUUCCUGGGUGAUGUGCAUCCUGCCUCAGGCACAGCCAGAGGCCUUGGCUGAUGGAUGGCCACAUAUAUCUUAGAAGAACCAUCUAUUAUGUAUAGUCAGGUCAAAAAUGAAAUAAAUAAUACAAAUAUAUAUUUGUUUGGUCUCUCUCUCUCUCUCUCUCUCUCUCUCUCUCUCUCUCUCUCUCUCUCUCUCUCUCUCUCUCUCUCUCUCUCUCUCUCUCUCUCUCUCUCUCUCUCUCUCUCUCUCUCUCUCUCUCUCUCUCCCUGUCUCCAGAGAUGAAGGAGGAGAUGGGUGUGUGCAGCCGGGUUUUGUUUGGCAUGGAGCCAAAUCAAAUGUCCUUCCUCUACUUCCUCAUGUAUGCUGCAGCAGCUGGAGGCGUCCUGUGCCUGCUGGAGAGCACCCCAGGCUCAGCGCAGGAGUUCAGGGUCAAGGUGACCUGGGAUGGGCUCUAACCCUCUCUCUAACCCUCUCUCUGCCUCCACAGGGGGUAGAGUAGGGGACCGCUGAUGGUGGGGGCGACCCGAGUCGAGCCUAUGGUCUUUUGACCCUCACAGAGUGGGUUAGGGAGAGGAGUAGAGUGUGUUGGGAAUUGGGGAAUUGGGGAAUUGCAGCUCACCAAUGACAUAGGAGUCGUAGAAGUCACUUCCGUUGCUCUCUAUGGAAAGACAGGAGAAUUCUCCUGUUUUGUUGGGUCUUGGAGAACGAGAUAUUGAAAAGAGAGCUAGAGAGAUUUAGGGGAGAGCCAUGUACAGUAUAGAGAGAUACAGAAAGGGAAAGAGAAAAAGUGAUACUGGAUAGAUAGAUAAACAGAGAGAAACUGCAUCAGAUUUUUGUUGCACUUGGAUCUGGAUAUUGCUUGCUUACCACCUACCUAAUUAAACUCAGCUCACUGAUGGUCUACACUUCUUGUCACUGCACUGACAUUGGACUGUAAGGCUGCUCUGUGUCCACAGGGGGGAACCCAGCAGCUGUCAGAGCGUUUAGCCCAGCAGAUUGGGAGGGAGAGUGUCCGGCUGGGCCAGGCUGUGACGGCCAUAUGGCAGGUAGCGUACAGUAACAGCUCACUCAGGGAAUGACGAGGUGUGACCCUGAGAUAACAGUCACUUCAGACAGGGAACAAGCCAUCUCCUGUGGGCCUCUGUCUGUUCUGCUCUUCUCUCUCUCUCUCUCUCUCUCUCUCUCUCUCUCUCUCUCUCUCUCUCUCUCUCUCUCUCUCUCUCUCUCUCUCUCUACUCUCUCUACUCUCUCUCUCUCUCUUUCUCUCUCUCUCAUGCUACUGAGAGGCACCACCGAGCACUGGCAUUGCAUUGCAUCAGUGUAGAUGUGUGUUAGCCUAUUGAGUGAAGACACUCUCUGUGACCUUUGAGUGUUUGUGUACAUGGUGGAAGUGGAUCAAAGGUAAUGCAUUUGGCUAGUUACUGUAGAUGAAAGGCACAACAGUUUACAGGAAAUGACCCUCUCUAUAAAAAGGAUAAUAAAGUGCUUACGUGAUAGGUUAAAAGGAACAUCUAAAAGCCAUUCUCGAAAAAUAUGAUUAUUUAAAAGGUUAAAAUUACUCAAAUAAUUACUCGAUUAUUUACAAGAUAAAGGACCAUCUAAUAGCCAUGUAAUUUUGAUGUACCAACCUAAUGAGGCUUUUAAAUCAACCCAAUGAUUCCUUUCAUGUCCUCCGUGCUGCAUGACCGUGGUACCACUCGGCUUAACACUGUUGGCCCCAUAGCAUUCUCCCUUAAUAAGAACGUAUUGGCUUCCCCGGAGUGUCCAGAGUUUUGGUCAUCCAUAAUGGACGGCACUAUUAUAUUUCUCCCCGGGGCCCUGCCCUCCAGGGUCAUCUAUAAUAUCCACUGUGCCUCCAUAUCUCUGUGCUGCUCAUCUCAAUGUGCUCCUAAGGGCAGAUAGCCCCCAGAGUGCUGCCUGGUCUGGUCCGGCCUACUGGAGAGGAAUACUAAUGCUGCCUGUCUGUCACAGCUACUGUGUGCUGUAUAGUACAUUGUACAGUGGCUUGCGAAAGUAUUCACCCUCCUUGGCAUUUUUCCUAUUUUGUUGCCUUACAACCUGGAAUUAAAAUCGAUUUUUGGGGGGUUUGUAUCAUUUGAUUUACACAACAUGCCUACCACUUUGAAGAUGCAAAAUAUUUUUUAUUAUGAAACAAAUAUGAUAGAAGACAAAAAAACUGAAAACUUGAGCGUGCAUAACUAUUCACCCCCCCCCAAUACUUUGUAGAGCCACCUUUUGCAGCAAUUACAGCUGCAAGUCUCUUGGGGUAUGUCUCUAUAAGCUUGGCACAUCUAGCCACUGGGGUUUUGCCCAUUCUUCAAGGCAAAACUGCUCCAGCUCCUUCAAGUUGGAUGGGUUCCGCUGGUGACAGCAAUCUUUAAGUCAUACCACAGAUUCUCAAUUGGAUUGAGGUCUGGGCUUUGACUAUGCCAUUCCAAGACAUUUAAAUGUUUCUUAAACCACUCAAGUGUUGCUUUAGCAGUAUGCUUAGGGUCAUUGUCCUGCUGGAAGGUGAACCUCCAUCCCAGUCUCAAAUCUCUGGAAGACUGAAACAGGUUUCCCUCAAGAAUUUCCCUGUAUUUAGCGCCAUCCAUCAUUCCUUCAAUUCUGACCAGUUUCCCAGUCCCUGCCGAUGAAAAACAUCCCCACAGCAUGAUGCUGCCACCACCAUGCUUCACAGUGGGGAUGGUGUUCUCAGGGUGAUGAGAGGUGUUGGGUUUGCGCCAGACAUAGCGUUUUCCUUGAUGGCCAAAAAGCUCAAUUCUAGUCUCAUCUAACCAGAGUACCUUCUUCCAUAUGUUUGGGGAGUCUCCCACAUGCCUUUUGGCGAACACCAAACGUGUUUGCUUAUUUUUUUCUUUAAGCAAUGGCUUUUUUCUGGCCACUCUUCUGUAAAUCCCAGCUCUGUGGAGUGUACGGCUUAAAGUGGUCCUAUGGACAGAUACUCCAAUCUCCGCUGUGGAGUUUUGCAGCUCCUUCAGGGUUAUCUUUGGUCUCUUUGUUGCCACUCUGAUUAAUGCCCUCCUUGCCUGGUCCGUGAGUUUUGAUGGGCGGCCCUCUCUUGGCAGGUUUGUUGUGGUGCCAUAUUCUUUCAAUUUUUUAAUAAUGGAUUUAAUGAUGCUCUGUGGGAUUCAGAUAUUUUUUUAUAACCCAACCCUAAUCUUUACUUCUCCACAACUUUGACCCUGACCUGUUUGGAGAGCUCCUUGGUCUUCAUGGUGCCGCUUGCUUGGUGGUGCCCCUUGCUUAGUGGUGUUGCAGACUCUGGGGCCUUUCAGAACAGGUGUAUAUAUACUGAGAUCAUGUGACACUUAGAUUGCACAGAGGUGGACUUUAUUUAACUAAUUAUGUGACUUCUGAAGGUAAUUGGUUGCACCAUAUCUUAUUUAGGGGCUUCAUAGCAAAGGGGGUGAAUACAUAUGCACGCACCACUUUUUUACGUUAUUUAUUUUUGUAUAAAAGUUAUUUUUUUCAUUUCACUUCACAAACUUGGACUAUUUUGUGUCCUGUACAUGAAAUCCAAAUUAAAAUCCAUUUAUAUUACAGGUUGUAAUGCAACAAAAUAGGAAAACCGCAAACGGGGAUGAAUACCUUUGCAAGGCACUGUAUACUGUAGAUGUACACACGAUUAUAUGUGUUUGUGAUUUGAUUUGUCUGUGUGUGUGUGUGCGAGUUCAUGUACAGUACAUGCAUGUGUGUGUCUUUCCCAUAGGAUGCUGAGCAGGCCAAGGUGAUGACAGCCACCCAGUCCUACUUGUGCAGAGCAGUGAUUGUCACCUGCCCUCCUCACCUGGCAGGUCAGUGUGUGUGUGUGUGUGUGUGUCCCACCUCUGUCGCCCCACUUCACCACUCCUCUAAUGAAAUACCCACUGACACGUCAACUCACAGGCUAGCCACUAAGGUGUAUUGAACAGGGCAGCCAUGCAGAUAUGACAAGACCCUGGUUCUGGCAACUCAUACCUGGAAGGUGGGAUGGAGGAAUGGAGGCAUGCCCCACUGCCCGCUACCAGGAACCCAGAGAACACAUAGAACCCUCUGCUGGAGCCAUGGACCCCAGCCAGGACACUUAA